GAGGCCUCCGCAUAGUCGAUUCCCCCAAUUCACAAUAUGAAUAGGUCACGACGACCCCUGCGCACGUUAGUAGUGCGCCCUUUGCUUCUCGCCCCUUCUCCUGCCGCUCCCUUUUAUAUCUAUCUCAUCCCCGCGAAACCUCCUUCUUUCCGUUCGCCAUUGCAUUCUAUCUACAGAUCUCGCGCCUUCUCCUUCUCCCGCCCGCCUUUCCCUUUCUUUUGCUCAAGUUUUUCAAGGGUUCCAUCCGAUUCCAGGCGAUUUUCAUCGUUUUCAGCAUAGAUGGAACAUUCGAUGGAAGACUAUGAUGAGUAUGAUGAAUAUGAAGACGAUGAUCAAAUGUAUGAAGAAGAAGAGGAGGAGGAAUAUGAAGAGGUGAGGGACCCUAAGCCUACCAAGGAAGAAAUAAAAUAUCUUGAACUAAGGCAACGACUGAAAGAAAGAAUUAGAAAGCAGGCAAAAAAAGAUGGUGGUUCUCACUUGAAGUCUAACGACAAGAAGAAGCUUCCUUAUGACAAUUUUGGGUCAUUCUUUGGACCUUCUCAACCUGUCAUUUCUCAAAGAGUAAUUCAAGAAAGCAAGUCAUUAUUAGAGAACCAGCACUUGGCAUCUAGGGUUUCUGACCACGAUCAUGGUAAUAAGAAGAGUCAUGGAUCCAACAGUGCAGCUUCCAAACCUAAGGCUCCACCGAGAAUCAUAAACGAGAAGCAAACAAAAGUUCAAAAACUAAAGGAUACCAGAGACUACUCCUUUCUAUUUUCUGAGGAUGCACAUGUUCCUGCUUCUACAAAAGAGCCUUCAACAAGUGUUUUUGCCCCAAGUACUGAGGCACGUUCAGCUCAUAUUCCCAUGAAAAGUAAGCAGCCUCUGAGUAAUCCUCGUCAGAAUAUUCACGUCGGGCAUAAAGAUCAGAAGUCUGUUCCUAUGAAUGGGCAAAUGCAUCCCAAUAACCAGUCUGCAUCUUCUUGUAAACCCAAUUUGUCUAUGAUGAAGGCUAAGAAACAAUUGGGUAAUAGCAACCAUGGGAAUGGUCCUGGCCGGCCAGUGGGUAAUAGCAACCAUGGGAAUGGUCCUGGCCGGCCAGUGGGUAAUAGCAACCAUGGGAAUGGUCCUGGCCGGCCAGUGGGUAAUAGCAACAACGGGAAUGGUCCUGGCCGGCCAAUGGGUAAUAGCAACAACGGGAAUGGUUCUGGCCGGCCACAGGGUUAUAGCAACAACAGGAAUGGUCCUGGCCGGCCACAGGGUUAUGGCAACCAUGGGAAUGGUAUUGGCCGGCCACAGGGUAAUAGCAACAAUGGGAGUGGUCCUGGACGGCCAAUGGUGGCUCCAAAAGCUUCAUCUUCUCACGUGCAGAAGAAACCUUCUCUACCAGGUAUGAAGAAUUCUGUACCUGGCGUGCACAAGCCAUUGCCGUCAAAGAAGCUUGAAGAUAAGAGGAAUGAAAUGCGAUUACCAGCUAAGGCCAAAGUAGCACCAAACCGGCCAGCAUCAUCAAGACCUCAGAUAAGCAAGCCACCACCUCAAAGACAAGCUUUAUCACGUCCGACCGUGAAUGAUCAGCGACCUAAGAAAAGGCCUGCAAGACGAUACUCUGAUGAUGAGGGUGAUGAAGCUAUUAGUCUAAUCAGAAAAAUGUUUCGAUAUAAUCCUGCAAAAUUUUCUCAAGAUGAUGACGAUAGUGAUAUGGAGGCCAAUUUUGACGAUAUAAUGAUGGAGGAGAAAAGAAGUGCAAAAAUAGCAAGGAAGGAGGAUGAAGAGCAACUUCGUCUGAUCCAGGAAGAAGAAGAACGGGAGAGGCGUGCGAGAAUAAAAAGGCUUAAAAAAUCUAGAGGCAGCAGUUAGUGUUUUUUUUUUUUUGGGAAAGGUUUAUAUGGGUAGAUUUAACAUCAUUUGUUACUUCGAUGAAAUCAUCGAAGAAGUCCCCCCUCGCUCCAAAUCACAGUUUGUUGUAUUUUCGAUUUCUUUAGUGCAAGAAGCUGCAGCUUAAUUAUGGGGUUUCCUUUUGUAGAUUGCAAAAAUUAAUUCUUAACUUCGCUGACAACAUUGUUGAAGGCCCCCUGUAUUUACCGAAGGCUCUAUCGCGAUUCAAUCACAUUCAAUUUCAAUAAUCCUAGCGAUUGCGUCAA